AAACCUCCGUGCCCCGCCAAAGAAUUGCAACAAUUAACUUGGCGAUAAUUUUCUCCAAUUCUAACUCUGUUAACAUCAAAAUUCUUACGACCGCACCGCCGUCCAUCAUUACUCAAAUUUUGAUCCCCGCCAUACCUCAACACCGAAUCUAGAUACAAAAACACCGCGAACAUGGCAGAAUACGAUCUCCUGCCGAAAUUAAUCAGCCACCUCGAUCGCCAUCUCGUCUUUCCCCUCCUCGAGUUCGCAGCCGGUCAACUCCCCGAAGACGCCGAUGAUGCCUCCGUCCUAGCCAUCACCAAGGCCAAAUAUGAGCUUCUUAAGACUACCAACAUGACUGACUUCGUCGGCAACCUGAAGGCAGAGCUUGAGGGUCUAGAAGAGGCCCCAGCCGAGUUCAACGACAUGCGGCAAAAGGUUAUCUCGCGGUUAGAGCAGUUCGAGGAGAGCACUAGCAAGCUCGUCGAUCUUCUAGGACGCGAAGAUGUCGUUGGAAAUCUACGAAGCGACAAGGUUGCUAACUUGGAGUUCCUCAAGAAGGACCAUGAUGUGACGAUCGAUAUGGUCAACGCGCUCUACGACUUCGGAAACUUCCAAUAUAGCUGCGGAAACUACGCCGCCGCGGCCGAUCUCCUCUACCAGUUCCGUGUGCUGUCUACUGAUAACGACAAGGUCGCCGCCGCGACGUGGGGAAAAUUCGCAUCCGAGAUCCUAACUACGAAUUGGGAGGGUAGUGUGGAGGAGCUUCAGAAAGUUAAGGAGAACAUCGACACCAAGUUAUUCAACAACCCUCUAGCGCAGUUGAGCCAACGUACUUGGCUUAUUCACUGGGCCUUGUUCCCCCUCUUCAACGAUGACCGCACUCGCGACGGGCUUUUGGAUUUAUUCUUCAGCCCGGCCUACAUCAACACCAUCCAGACCAGCUGUCCGUGGAUUCUUCGAUACCUCACAGCUGCCGUUAUCACCGGACGCGGCCGAACCCGAAACUCUGGACAGCACCAGAAGCAGUUGAAGGAUAUCAUACGCAUAGUUAAGCAAGAGGCAUACGAGUACACAGACCCUGUCACCGACUUUGUCCGUGCGCUUUACAUCGACUUCGAUUUCGAGGAGGCGCAACGACAAUUAUCUCUUGCCGAGGAAAUCCUACGCUCCGACUUCUUCCUGUUCUCCGCCGCCGAUGUCUUCGUCGAUGCUGCGCGACACCUCAUCUCCGAAAGCUACUGCAAGAUCCACGCUCGCAUCGAUAUCAAGGACCUGAGCGCGCGCCUAGGUCUUGGCGAAGAUGAGGGUGAAAAGUGGAUUGUCAACCUCAUCCGCGACACCAGAGUGGAUGCCAAGAUCGAUUACAAGGAGGGCACGGUGGUGAUGAACCACCCUCCUAGUUCCGUUUACCAGCAAGUCAUCGAACGAACCAAGGGCGGCUUCUUCCGAACACAAGUGCUUAGCGCUGCUGUCGCUAGAUAGGAUCUGAAGGAUGAAGAUGAUGAAAGCGAACGUACAGCAUGAUGUUCUAAUGGACGAUACCCAUUAAAUAGACAUGAUAAUGCGCGCAUGGGCCAAAAGCGGGAUAGCAGAGAUCCUUCAAUGGGUUUUGUCGACGGACGACAUGCAUCAACGGCGUUUUGGGGGUUCUGGUACAUGGUACAUGCAAGUGCGGUAGACUUGUAAGGUAGCAUCGAUUUGCAAAAAACUAUUAUUUCUAGUCAUCCAUUCUUUGCUACG